CAUACCAAUAAUUAACAAAAAAUUUAAAUUGUUCCUAUACAUGUUAUUAUAAUUUAUUUUAAAUUAACUAUAUAUUUUCAAUAUCAUUGUAAAGAACAAAAAUGUUUGAUGAUGGUCCAGAUGAUUCGUUUGAUGCAGAGCUGGCCAAUCUAGAAAUACCGACAGCACCAAAAGUACUGAAGCUAGUCGUGAAAGAUGAUGGUACCUCAGAAAUUGCGAAAAAAGUGGCCACAAAUGCAAUAAAAGAAGUUGCUACAGCUUCUAAAGCUCCAACUCCGCACACAAUAUUAGUUAAUCCAAAACAACGUGGAAAUCCAAUACUCAAAUCAAUACUGAACGCACCAUGGGAAUUUAAUAAUGAAAUUAUACCAGAUUAUGUUGUAGGGCGUACAUCUUGCAUUCUAUACUUAUCGUUAAAAUACCAUAAUUUGAAUCCAGAUUAUAUAUGUGAGCGACUCAAGCAACUUGGUAAACAAUAUGAUCUACGUGUUUUGUUGGUCCAAGUUGACACAACAGAACCACACAAUGCAUUGAAAAGUUUAACACGUAUUAGUCUACUAACUGAUCUCACGUUGAUGCUAGCUUGGAAUCAUGAAGAAGCUGGUAAAAUUAUUGAAACAUAUAAGUUGUAUGAAAAGCGGCCGCCGGACUUAAUUAUGGAGCGCACAGAGUCAAGCCCCUAUCAAAAGCUUGUAGCUGCACUCACACACAUAAAACCAGUGAACAAAACAGAUGCUGUCACAUUAUUGCAAACAUUCGGUAAUUUGGAAAAUCUGAUAAAUGCGAGUGACGAACGUCUCUCGCAAGUAAUUGGUCUAGGCCCACGGAAGGCCCAAAAGUUGUAUAAAACAUUACAUGAGCCAUUCCUAUGCAAAUAAAUUUAUGUUUAUGUUAAAAAAUAA